UAUGAGUCAUGAGUAUGCGUUUAUGUAAGGAUGCCAAACCUAACGCUAUCUCCUUACUUUAACCUCACCAUGUUCGUGAACAUCGGUCCGUACCGCUACCCGGCGUUGGCCGCGUGCCUCCUCCUUUACGUCUUCAUCGUCUGCGCCAACUUGGUCGUCGUGCUGACGAUCUGCCGCGAGAAGACCCUUCACGAGCCCAUGUACAUAUUUAUUGCCAGCUUGUCCUUCAACGCCCUGUACGGCUCCACGGGCUUCUUCCCCCGCUUCCUGCUGGACCUGGCGUCCGACGCUCACCUGAUUUCGCGCGCCGCCUGCUUCACGCAGAUCUACUUCAUCUACACAUACGGCUGCAACGAGAUGACCACGCUGUGCGUCAUGGCCUACGACCGCUACCUGGCCGUGUGCCACCCGCUGCACUACCACACCAGGAUGACGGUGAAAAAGGCCCUGACCCUGGCCGGCCUGGCGUGGCUCAUACCCGCCUUCUUUCUCACCACACUCAUCUACCUGUCGGCAACGCUGCCCCUGUGCGGCAACGAGAUCCAGAAGGUGUUCUGCGCCAACUGGAACGUGGUCAAGCUGUCGUGCGUGCCCACAGUGGUCAACAACGUGGUGGGCAUGUUCAUGACCAUCUGUACCGUUUUUCUUCCGUUGGCGUAUGUCCUCUACACAUACACACGCAUCAUGAAAAUCACCAGGAGGCGCUCCGCUGAAUUUAAGGGGAGGGUAUUCCAGAGCUGUUUGCCGCACAUGGUCUCCUUUGUCAUUUAUUCCAUUGCUGCGUUUUCUGACAUCGCCCUGAGCAGAUACAACAUGGAGGACAUGAACCGCUUCGUGGCCAUCAUUUUAUCUCUAGAGUUUGUGGUCAUUCCGCCGCUUCUCAACCCUCUGGUAUACGGUAUGAAGUUAUCGUAUAUACGCAGACACAUAUUCAAGAUGCUGUGA